CCUCCAUGGCGGACCCUCCUGUCGAUCCCUUUAUAAGGACCACCACCGCGUAACCCCCAAUUUCAACACUCAAAGGCCACAAAAAAGAACGGUAGUUUCAAAGUUUGGUAUCUACCCCUGUUUCUGGUUCAUCUUUCGUUCUUCAAACUCAGAACCAUGUCUCAGACUGUUGUUCUCAAGGUUCGCAUGUCAUGUCAAGGCUGCUCGGGAGCCGUCAAGAGGGUGCUGGAAAAAAUGGAAGGUGUGGAAUCAUUCGACAUCGAUCUGAAGGAACAGAAGGUGACAGUCAAGGGAAAUGUGCAGCCCGAUGCUGUCCUGCAAACCGUCUCAAAGUCCGGAAAACAAACUGCUUUCUGGGAAGCAGAAGCCCCUGCCCAACCCGAAGUGAAGCCCACCGAAGAAGUGAAGCCUGCCGAAGAAGUGAAGCUUGCCGAAGAAGUGAAGCCGGCCGAAGAAGUGAAGGCCGCCGAAGCGGUGGCCACUGCCUAAUCUCUUCGCCCCAUUCGCUUUAAUGGUGCUAGUGGUUUAUAGAUAUGCUUUAUCUCGAUAAGCUUAGACUCUAGUUCACAUAAACUCAGUCAUUCAAGCGUGGUAUGCGCUUGAAUGCUAAUUAAGAAAAUAACUCCUUGUGAUUAUGUGCGCCUUAAGCAUAGAUGGCGUCUUGCUUGUGGCGUUCAACGGCUUUUUCUGUAGUACGACCAAUGAAUCAUUCUGCAAAUUGCCUAGUUA